AUGUGGUUGUUCUACAACGAUGAUGAGGCCAAGAAAUAUUCCACAAACACCCGCAUCAUUGAGAUCCAAGUGGAAAUGGCCGAGCGAGCCUUGGAACUGCUGGCCUUUCCGGAUGACGAUGAAUCCCGCUUGAUUUUGGACAUUGGCUGUGGCUCCGGCCUCUCGGGAAGCGUCCUCGAGGACAGCGAGCACAUGUGGAUCGGCAUAGAUAUAUCCAAGUCCAUGCUGGAUAUCGCGGUGGAGCGGGAAGUGGCCGGCGACGUGAUCCUGGGCGACAUGGGCGAGGGUAUGCCCUUCAAGCCGGGCACCUUCGAUGGCGCCAUCUCGAUCUCUGCCCUCCAGUGGCUCUGCAACGCGGACAAGUCGUAUCACAAUCCCCACAAGCGCCUGCUGAAGUUCUUCACCACGCUGUUUUCCUGUCUAACGCGUACCGCCCGCGCCGUAUUUCAAUUUUACCCUGAGAACUCGGAUCAGAUUGAGAUGGUCACCUCGCAGGCCAUGAAGGCGGGUUUCUAUGGAGGAUUGGUGGUUGACUAUCCCAACUCCGCCAAGGCAAAGAAGUACUAUCUGGUGCUGAUGACUGGAGGAUCGGCAGAGCUGCCAAAGGCCUUGGGUUCUCCUGAGGAGGAGCGGCGUGUUAACUAUAUCAAGAAACGUGAUGCCUGCCGUGAGGCGCGUGGAAAGGCCCCGAAGAAAUCGCGAGAUUGGAUUCUGGCCAAGAAGGAACGACGACGCCGGCAGGGUUUGGAAACGCGUCCUGAUACGAAGUACACUGCGCGCAAGCGUCCUGCUAAAUUUUGAUUAAAGUUUACCUAGUUA